AUGAGUACUUUAGUAUAUACUGGUGUCUUUGUUCUAGAACAUCUCAUCACUAUGACGUCAGAAAAAAAUGCCCAAAUUGGGCAGGCGCGCGAAGCAUUUCAAAUGUUAUACCAAAUAUCACAGCUUCUUAGCACAGGUCUUGAUCAGGAUACUCUCUCUAUUUGUAUAAGAUUGUGUGAACUAGGUGUAGACCCAGAAGUUUUAGCACAUGUCAUAAAGGAAAUAAGAAAAAUGGGGGAGAAUAUGGUGCAGAACAAACCCAUAAACAAUCAGCCC